CUUUUGAAUGGCUUGCGAUUUAACUGGAUGAAAAGAACGUGUUGAGCAUUUGACUUUGAGUAAUAGUUUAAGCUCAACACAUUUUUACCAAGGAAGAUGUCUAAGAAGAAUCCCUCGUGUUCUGCACUUGAUCAGUCAGAGUUAGAUAAGAAAGCCAGCCACUGUCAGGUGGACCGGUCCGCACCUGCAGCCUGGCCGUGUAUGAAUAAGGCUGAAUCAGGUCAAAGAAACGGAGAUAGGGCAUCAUCGUCCCCAGAGAGCGGCAGCCUAAACGGAGAGGGAAAGCGCAGUGGGAAAAGCCGUCGCCGCAAGAAGCGUUCAUCCAAUCCCGAGAGUCAGCCUGAGGGGACGGUUGACAGUAAGACCAAAAAAGAAGAGAAGCCAGACAAACGGACAAGCCAGCCAGCAUCUGACCCCCGCGCUGGGCUGAUGGGCCUGCAGUCGGAGUGUGCUAAUGUGUGGUUUGAGCGGAGCAUGUACGAGCAAGCCGAGAGCCUCUACCAGUGCUGGUUGGCGAGCUCUUCCAACGGGGCCACCAAGUCAAAGCGUUCCUCCCCAGCCCCCGGCAAACACUCAAACUUUCAGUCGUCUGUGGCUCCAUCUUCCUUAGGACCGGUGUGCCAGCAUGGCGACCAGGCAGAAAGCCAAUAUGCUGAAGAAUCAGUGCAGCGACCAAUUCCAAACUCUCUGGUCCUCACAUCCCCACCUAACCCCUCCAUCCCCCCUCAAACACCGGAUGAAGGAUAUCAGUCUCUAGCCCCGACACCUGCAACCCCGGUCAUCUGGCAAGCAGCCGUCACCCCAACCAAUCGUCAGUCGAUCAACGGACUGCCCCGCAUUCCAGUGGAGCUGCUCAGAGACGUGUGGCUGGAGAAACCUCUGUACGACCGUGCAGAAGCAACUUUCUACCAGAACCUGUAUGGCAACAACUCCUCCAAACGCUCCACCUGCGCCUCCACUUCCAGAAGUAGCGACCACCCUCAAAGCCUUGUAGAAGAGGAGGAGGAGGAAGAAGAAGCUGAGGAAGAGGCAGUGGAGGAAAAACGGGUGGUCCCGCAGGGGAAAGCGGAAGUCUUCCACGCUUUGCUUCCUAUUCAGGAGGAAGAGGAGCCAGCUGAGGUCCAAGAGAAGAUUGAAGCAUCGGGGACCGGAGUCUGCUGCUUCCUUCACCCAGACAGCGAGCGGGUGUGGUUGGACAAGUGGCGGUAUGAUGCUGCAGAGAGCCGUUUCCAUGGCUACACUGGGAGUGAUGUUGUGGUGGUGAAGAAGGGUCGGCGGACAGAAGCAGCAUCAGCGGCCUCCACCGCCCCACUGAGGGACAACACCAUGAGUUCCGUGGACUUUCUGGCCCAGGAGAAGAUCUGGUUUGACAAACCUCGCUAUGACGAUGCAGAGAGACGCUUCUACGAGCGCACAGACGGCUCCUCACAAACCACAGAGGUGCCCGCAGAGGUACGCUCAACAGAGGUACGCUCAACAGAGGAUGUCGGAUCCAACACCAUUCUGCAGGACAUCGCUAGGGCCCGGGAGAACAUCCAGAAAUCUUUAGCAGGAAGCGUCAGCGGUGCAGGUGAUACAGGAGAGAUCAUCUGUCGCAUCAAGGGCCUGGAGCUGGAGAACCAUAGCUUACACCAAGUGGUGGACGACUUGAGGGCUGCACUUUCCAAACUGGAGUGUCGGGUAGCAGUUCUUGAGAAGCCUCCUGCCGCUGCUCCCUCAGUACCAUACACAAACGGCACCACCGUCCAGCAGCAGAAAAGCGCCCCAGUUAAAGUCGAGGAGGAGGAUGAUGAUGACGACAUGGACCUGUUUGGUAGUGAUGAGGACGAUGAAGAGGCAGAGAAACUCAAAGAGGAGAGGUUGAAAGCGUACGCAGCGAAGAAAUCCCAGAAGCCCGUCCUCAUCGCCAAGUCUUCCAUCUUAUUGGACGUCAAACCUUGGGACGAUGAAACUGACAUGGUGAAGCUGGAGGAGUGUGUGCGCUCGGUGAAGGCUGAAGGCCUGUUAUGGGGCUCGUCUAAACUGGUUGCCGUGGGUUACGGUAUCAAAAAGCUCCAGAUUGCAUGUGUGGUUGAGGACGACAAGGUGGGAACAGACCUGCUGGAGGAAGAAAUCACCAAGUUCGAAGACUAUGUAAGUACAGCAUGCCGUGACUUCUCAGCAUGAUAUUUAAAAUCAGAACUGCA